CUUAAGCAUAAAUAUUUCAAUAUCAUCAGUUUAACACGUAAAUUGAUUAGUAAUGAUCGUUGAGAUAAAAAUCUUUUUCUUCGUUAAUCAAUAAAAUAUAUUUCUCAUACUUUAGGUUUUAUUCAAUAAACUAUAAAUAAAGAUUGUAUUUUCUUUUCCAUUUUCACACAUGAAGAUUAAAAAUUGCCUAACGUAAUUUUCAGGCUGCGAAUUAAACCCAAUGUAAAAAAGAAAACUUGGGAAGUAGAAACAUUUUGUCCUUAACGUUACUUAUCGUUAAAAAAUUUUACUUACACUAGAUAAUUAUAAUACAAUCUAUUGAACCGCUAUUUAUUAAAACAACACGAAUGCAUUCAAAGGCAAUCAUAUUGCUAAGGAAACACGUGCACUUGUGACACUAUGUAUCACGCAUUGAAUGAGUUUAAGAACGCUACAUGGGCGGAGCUAUCACCACACCAUUGGAAUCAACCAAUUGGGGAUUUGAUACAAGAAAAUCCCGAAAUGAAUUUAUCCUUUGCUGGCUGCGGUUUUCUUGGUAUUUACCACGUUGGUGUAGCUGUGUGCUUCAAGAAAUACGCUCCACAUUUACUUUUGGAUAAGAUUAGUGGUGCAUCGUUUGGUGCUAUCGCUGCUUGUUGUCUUCUUUGUGACUUACCCCUCGGUGAGUGAACUUUGUUUAUAUAUCUACCAGAUACACGAUAUCUUAUAAAUAAUUAGUUUAUUCUUUAAUGUCGUAGUUCAAUUUACGAUUUUCGGGUAUUGCACGGUCUUACGUUUCGUAUCCAUCGCGUGCUUGUUACGCAAAUCAUUGUUGGUGUUUUUAGGGAUAACAUUAUAUAUAAUUAAAUUUCAAAUAUCUUUACUUGCUUUUUUAACGUUGAUUAUCGCGAUAUUGCGAUUUAAUAUAUACUUAAGGCCACUUUUUGCGUGUUGUCAAUCUAAGAAAAGAAAUAUAGCUACUUUAAAAUCUGUCUUCAUCGACGUUUUAUAUUUGCUGUUUCAAACAAUGACUUGUCUCAAAUAUUAUCAUUAAUUUACUAGAUAGCUUAUUUAAAUGCUCUCAGCAGAAACUGUCGUUUUGAUUAUGUAAAUGAAUAACACAGAUUAUUAUUAUUCAUAAAAUUUCAAAAUUAUUGAUAGAAGAUUUAUAAACUUGAUCAAACUAUGAAUAAAUCUCAUAAUUAG